CACAAAUAAUUUAACAAGAUCGAGCGAGACCACUGUUUCGUUUCUCUCUCUCUAUAUUGAUUGUACAUAUAACAAACAAUAUUGUAUAUAGUAUAUAUACAACUGUCUCACGAGGGCUUAUCUUUAUACCUACCUGCUCUUAUCUAAAAAAUAGAGUAGGUUUGUUGAUUUAGGGUUUCUGAUUUUUGUGGUGUUGAAGAUGGAAACAGCUACAGUUCUUCGGUCCUCUUUCGGCAUCUGUCAUGGACCUUCGAAUCCAGUCGUCCGAUCGGCUGUUUCGAUGUCCAACGGAUCCGAUUUCGUGCGUUUCGGCCCCAAAUCUCGGUUUACAAACGCUUGGAUCAAGAAAUACCCUUUAAUUUCACACUCAAAGUUGGGGCAUAGAAGAAUAGCUGUUGGGAGUAGGAAAUGCACUGCAAUUAGGGCCUCAUCUUCUUCCGAUUCAGUGGGCCCAACUGCUCCAAUCGCUCCUCUAAAGAUGGAGUCUCCCGUUGGUCAGUUUCUCGCUCAAAUAUUGAUAAGCCACCCGCAUCUUGUCCCAGCUGCAGUGGAGCAGCAGCUUGAACAGCUUCAAACCGACCGUGAUGCAGAGAAGCACAAGGAAGAGCCCUCUUCUUCUGGCACUGACUUAGUACUGUACAGGAGAAUUGCAGAGGUGAAAGAAAAUGAAAGGAGAAAAGCUGUAGAAGAGAUAUUGUAUGCGCUGGUUGUGCAGAAAUUCAUGGAUGCUACUGUUUCUUUGAUACCCACCAUAAUCCCCCCAUCAUCAGACUCUCGUGGCCGAGUUGACACCUGGCCCAGCCAAGAUGACAAGCUUGAGCAGCUUCACUCUCCUGAAGCCUAUGAGAUGAUCCAGAAUCACUUGGCUCUCAUUCUGGGCAAUCGCUUGAGUGAUUCAACCUCUGUAGCUCAGAUAAGCAAGCUUAGGGUUGGUCAGGUUUAUGCUGCAUCAGUGAUGUAUGGGUACUUCCUCAAGCGAGUUGACCAGAGGUUUCAGCUUGAAAAAACAAUGAAAAUCCUUCCACAGGGGUUGGAUGAUGGAGAGAAUAAUGUUCAGCAAGCUUUGGGGGAGGAGGUGAGACCCAGUGGUAAUGGUGGCAAGGACUCAUUCAGUGCUGCUCUACCCCAUCCUGAAGUAUCAUCCUGGUCCGGCGGCGUAAGCCCUGGAGGUUUUGGAAAAGGGUUAAAGGCCUCCCGGCUGAGAACCUAUGUCAUGUCAUUCGAUGGGGAGACACUUCAGAGGUAUGCAACCAUAAGAUCCAGAGAGGCUGUUAGCAUCAUUGAGAAGCAUACAGAAGCAUUGUUUGGUAGACCUGAGAUUGUUAUCACACCUGAAGGGACCAUUGAUUCUUCAAAGGAUGAACUCAUCAAGAUUAGCUUUGGUGGUUUGAGAAGACUUGUUUUGGAGGCCGUGACUUUUGGUUCUUUCCUCUGGGAUGUUGAGAGCUAUGUCGAUUCAAGGUACCAUUUUGUCAUGAAUUGAGCUUUCUUCACUUGCAUCGCUGCCAAAGCAAAAUUUAUCAUGGACUGACCGGCUUAAUUGCUAUAAUCUAGUGUAAUUUUAGAGGAAAUUACCAGGUUAUUGCGAACUAAUUGAUCUGUGUAUAGUUAUGGGAUUUCUCAUUUGAUGUAAGAAUUUUAAAUAGUUUGAAAUUUGGAUUUGCUUAUUUAACA